AUGCCUGUCACCAACAACGUCCCCAUCUCCGGUGUUGACAGCGCCAACCCCAAGACUGUCGAGGAGCGCAAGGCCGAGCUUCCUCUGCCCGACCAGCCUCCCACCGCGUCCGACUGGCAGUCCGCUGACGCCCGCAACGUCAACGUUGGCUCCGGCAAAGUCUCCGACGACAUCUCCUACGGCAGCGGUGCCAGCACUCUGCGCGAACCCACCACCAGCGACGAGAACAUCGAUGUCGGCAGGACCGCCAAGGAUGGUCUCGGCGGCCUUCCCAACGACGCCGUCACCAAGGAGAAGCGGGGCCAUACCGGCACCCAGGAGACCAGACAGUAA